AUGUACCAAAAAUCCACCUGCCUGCGGAAGAUCGUACGGUUCUUGCGCAGCACUCUGGUCCCAAUCAAAGGCCACCCGCUUGGAGAACCGCCACGCUAUAACGACAUGCCAUGCAAAGAUAACACUGUAUUCAAUCCAGAUGCGGCAGUCUUCCCUCCUCAUUACAGCCGUGAGAGAGCCUGCGGGAAACCCUCUGCGCAGCAGACAGAACUGCAAGAAGAGCUCUUCGACCUAUGGAGGAAGGUGUGGCUUGGGCUAUAUGAGACGUAUGACAACAGCGCGAGCUGUCACAUACCAUUCCACUAUGACCGACUUGAAGCACUGUACUACGGCACUGGGAUGACCGAGCAAGCAGACUUGAAUCACUUGGGCACCUUAAGACGCUGGUUCCCGAGUUGGCGACCUAGCAAUGGCGUUGCCGCCAUGAAGAUCUUCGAGCACAUGUCUGUUCAGAACCUGAGGUCCAUGCUGGAGGUGUUGAAGGCGUACGAAAGCGAGAUCGAGAAUCUCACAAAGAUUUAUGCAAUUCUCCGAGCGGCACAGUUGGAGUUGGGCCAAUUGCUGCAUCCUCAGGGUGAGAGCAUUGCAGAUACUCGUCAAAGCUUUUUGGCCAUUGCUCAACCGAUGGGGGAAAGACUCAGAACAUACGACAUCCGGAUGGAUGUGUUGACGAUGCUGGUCUUCGACGAAGCUGUUGAUUUUGGCCGUGGACGGCCUGGCGAGAGUGAACACGUCUAUUAUCUGGUCUUCCCAGCGCGUCAAUACAGAUUUUCAUUCUAA